AUGCUUGAUGAAUACGAUGGUUCUUUGUUAGUUAAAUCAAUUUCUAACUUUUGUUCAGAACUUUCUUUACACUUCCACGUUAUCACUACCAACAUUGAACAAUACAGACAAUCGUACACUACUAUUACCAAAGUUAAAGAAUAUAAAGACUUUAUCAAUGGUUCAUCAAAAUUGAGUGUAAUAUUUUUCCACUCAACGUAUUGUAUUUACAGCCAAAUUGUUGUAUCAGUUUUUGCAGAAUUGAGUUCAAGAUAUGAAGAACAUGCAAAAUUUGCAAUGGUUGUUCAUGAGAGUGCAUCGAGUUCAAGUGUUGUUGAAGAAGCUCUAGUAAAUGCUUUUCCAACUUUUCUAUUUUUCAAGAAUGGAGUGGAAAUUGAAAGACUCGUUGGUGCUGAUAGAACUAAAAUGAUAAGACUCCUUCUAAAGCAUAUUAAAAUGCCCAGAGAAAAUGAAGAAAAUGAUUCAAAUUCACUCAUAAAGGUUAAUAGGUUCAUUAAACGCACACAAGUAGAAUGCCUUAAUCAGCACCUUGAUCAGCAGGAAGAACAUAUCCAAAGCAUUUUUAAAAAUGAUGACACAUGUCUAGAAUCAAAUGAUGGUGCAGAACUUAUUAUAUCAAUUCCUUUUAAUCAAGCUAUCGACCUUCAUUCAAUAAAAAUUGUUCAUAACAAUAUUGACCAAGCUCCCAAAGAAGUAAAACUUUUUAUUAACAGACCUAUUAUAUUAAGUUUUGAUGAUGCUGAAGCAAUCAAAGAAACUCAGAAGUUAGAAUUUAUUAGAGCAGAUUAUGAAAAUAACACAAUUAUUCCUUUGAAAUCUGUUAAAUUCCAAAAAGUAACCAAUAUAGUUUUAUAUAUCAAGAAUAACAUUGGAGAUAAUGAAACUACAGUUAUUAAAGAAUUGAUAUUUUACGGGAAACAUCUUCUAUCUCCGUUAAUAAGUGAAAAAAUUUGCUUACAAAUAUCAUCCAUGGAUACAAAGUUACAAUUUAUGUCAUAUAACGAUAGUGUUGAGUUUGAAAAGAAGCCUAGAAAAGCGAUACCAAGAACAAUUUAA